UCCUCCCGUAACCAUUUUAUUCGGAUGUCUUUUCAUUUUCGUGUUUAUUUACAAGUGCCCUAUAAAACACCUCCUUGCCUUUAUCAAGACAGAAUCGUAUGAUUUGAAGGAGACUUGGCUGUUAUUUCUAGAAGAUCGAAAGACCACACAGAGACCCACUCCUUCGUAAGUAACUGUAUUCGUGCAGCGUGAUGAUACUGGAUACAAGUAAAAGAAAUUUCUCUCUGUGCUAUAAUAUAUUGAGAACUUAUAAACGUACGUCACCGGUUUCAUCGAAACAAGGGAAAUAAUUAUUAACGACACCGUAUAACCGUGUUUUCUGGUUAAUUGAUCUGAUCUAAUUAUGUCAUGUCUUGUAAUUAUCUCGGUAAUGUUUGUGGAUAAGAUAGGGCGACGGACAUAUUUCAGGGACGGUGCCCCUUCAUGGCUUUAGAUCGUUCAUUGACCCGCCUGAUUUCCUCUCGAAAGAAGGACAGGGGAAAUGACCUAAUCAACAGUGACUUAAUCAAGGAACUUUCCUCAUCCGUCUUCACUUUUCAAAUUCGCAGACAUUUGUCAGCUUUUUAAGAAUUGCUCAGAAAUUAAUAUGGAGAACGUUAAUCAUUUGGACAUUUUUACCACAACUGUUUUUAACAAUAUGGAUAAAGUUAGAAUGAAGGUCGGAGGUGAGAAAGAUGAAGACAAAAAUGUUCCUGAAUAUCACAGCGAGAUUUGUCGGAAGGCAUUCCCUCUCGAACGCAAAGACUUCACACACAAAGAAGUACAUAGUAAGGAAAACUUGUUUCAUUGUGAAAUAUGUGAGAAACCCUUUCUUAGAAACACCAGUCUUGUGGAUCACGAAUGUAGUCACGUCGGUGAAAAGUGUUUUGACUGUGAAAUUUGUGAGAAACCCUUUCUUAGAAACACCAGUCUUGUGGAUCAUGAAUGUAGUCACGUCGGUGAAAAACGUUUUGACUGUGAAAUUUGUGAGAAACCCUUUCUUAGAAACACCAGUCUUGUGGAUCACGAACGUAGUCACGUCGGUGAAAAACGUUUUGACUGUGAAAUUUGUGAGAAACCCUUUCUUAGAAACACCAGUCUUGUGGAUCACGAACGUAGUCACGUCGGUGAAAAACGUUUUGACUGUGAAAUUUGUGAGAAACCCUUUCUUAGAAACACCAGUCUUGUGGAUCACGAAUGUAGUCACGUCGGUGAAAAGUGUUUUGACUGUGAAAUUUGUGAGAAACCCUUUCUUAGAAACACCAGUCUUGUGGAUCACGAACGUAGUCACGUCGGUGAAAAACGUUUUGACUGUGAAAUUUGUGAGAAACCCUUUCUUAGAAACACCAGUCUUGUGGAUCACGAAUGUAGUCACGUCGGUGAAAAACGUUUUGACUGUGCAAUUUGUGAGAAACCCUUUCUUAGAAACACCAGUCUUGUGGAUCACGAAUGUAGUCACGUCGGUGAAAAACGUUUUGACUGUGCAAUUUGUGAGAAACCCUUUCUUAGAAACACCAGUCUUGUGGAUCACGAAUGUAGUCACGUCGGUGAAAAGCGUUUUGACUGUGCAAUUUGUGAGAAACCCUUUCUUAGAAACACCAGUCUUGUGGAUCACGAAUGUAGUCACGUCGGUGAAAAACGUUUUGACUGUGAAAUUUGUGAGAAAUCUUGUGCUCGGGAUGCUUAUCUUGUUCACAGCCGUUGUCACACCGGAAGAAAAUCAUCCCAGUGCGAAAAGUGUGACAAAUCUUUUGACCCAAACAGAGAUUUAACAACAACGCACGUGAAAAUAUGCAAUGAAGAAAAGCUAUUCCAAUGUGAAAUAUGCGAAAAAAUUUUUGGCUCUAGUAGCAUCCUGGCAACGCACAUACGAAUACACACUGGUGAAAAACCGUUCCAUUGUGAAAUCUGUGGGAAAUGUUUUGCUUAUAAGCAACAACUUACGACACACAGUAGUCUACACACUGGGGAAAAACCUGAAUGUGAAAUAUGUGGCAAAUCUUUCUCUCGAAAUGCUUAUCUUAUUGUUCAUAAACGAAGCCACACCGGAGAAAGACCAUUCCGAUGUGAAAUGUGUGAGAAAUCUUUUGUUUCCAGUAGUUUGUUAACAACACACAAAAGGGUACACACUGGGGAAAAGCCAUUCCGAUGUGAAGUAUGUGAGAAAUUUUUUGGUUCUUGUAGCGUCCUAUCAAGACAUAGAAAAGUACACAGUGGGGAAAAACCGUUUAGAUGUGAAAUCUGUGGGAAAGGUUUUGCCUAUAAUUGUGACUUAAACAGACACGUAAGAGUCCAUACAGGAGAGAGACCAUUCCAUUGUGAAACUUGUGGUAAAUCUUUCUCUGACAAUUCUAGUCUUGCAAGCCACAGAAGUAUGCACACCGGGAUAAAACAGAAUAACUGUGAGACAUGUGGUAAAUCUUUUCUUCAUAAAUCUCAUCUUACAGUUCACAGACGCAGUCAUACGGGAGAAAAGCCAUUCCGGUGUGAGACAUGUGGGAAUUCUUUUGCUUCCGGUUACGUCCUGACGCAACACAAACGGACCCAUACGGGAGAAAGACCAUUCCAUUGUGAGACAUGUGGCAAAUCAUUCACUCAGAAUUCUCAUCUAAUUGAGCACAAACGUCGACACACGGGAGAAAAACCAUUCCAAUGUGAAGUAUGUGAGAAAUAUUUUGUGUCUUCUAGUAAAUUAAAGAAUCACAAAAGGAUUCAUUCUUGAAUAAAAAUUUUGGACUGUGAAAUAUGUAAAUCCUUUCCCUUGGAAAACA